AUGGAGGCCCUCUUGAGGCUUGGAUCUAAAUCUUCUGAUGCAUUUCGUCGAGAAGGCCAAUCUUGGCAUUGUACAACGGGGCUCCCAAGUGAUCUUACCAUUGAAGUAGGCCAAGUAACUUUUUUCCUCCACAAGUUCCCAUUGCUUUCUAGAAGUGGAUUGCUCAAGAAACUCAUCAAUGACUCCUCAAAGGAGGAAGAAGGAGCAAGCUGUGUUUUGCAACUUCAUGAUGUCCCCGGAGGAGACAAAACAUUCGAUCUUGUAACAAGGUUUUGCUACGGCGUACUAAUCGAAGUCGUGGCGUCUAAUGUAGUACCUCUAAGAUGUGCAGCAGAGUAUCUAGAAAUGAAUGAAAACUAUGGGGAUAAAUCACAAACCAAAGGUGAUGAUUGGUGGUAUGAGGAUCUAUCAUUGUUGAGUUUACCACUAUACAAGAGACUAAUUUUGUCCCUCGAAGCAAAAGGUAUGAAACCUGAGAAUAUUGCAGGGUCCUUGAUACGUUAUAUUACAAGAUAUGUACCCUUGAUGAAUAGGCAAUCAAGCUUCAAGGAAAAGAACAACAACAAUGAUGUGAAUCAAGGGACAAAUUCUGAAGCAGAUCAAAGAGAUAUGGUUGAAGAAAUUGUGGCAAUGCUUCCAAGUAAGAAAGGUGUAACACCUUCCAAGUAUUUGCUUAGAAUGCUAAGAACAGCUAUGCUUCUGCAUGCAAGUCAGUCAUGCAUAGACACUUUGGAGAAAAGGAUUGGCUCUCAACUUGAACAAGCCAUGCUUGUUGAUCUUCUGAUUCCAAACAUGGGGCAACCGGCUGAGACACUUUACGAUACAGAUUGCAUUCAGAGGAUUAUAGAUCAUUUUCUGUCCAUAUACUUGCCGGCAACUGCAUCAACUACUCCGUGCAUAAGCAUGCAUGAAGAAGGGCCAUUGGCGAGUGCAGCUGAUUCACUAACACCUAUGACAAUAGUAGCCAACUUGAUAGAUGCAUAUCUUGCUGAGGUGGCUCUUGAUGUAAAUUUCAAAUUGCCAAAGUUUCAGGCCCUUGCAACUGCAAUUCCAGAAUAUGCUAGGCCUAUAGAUGAUGGUUUAUAUCAUGCUAUAGAUGUGUAUCUCAAGGCACAUCCUUGGCUAGUUGAUUCGGAGAGGGAGCAAUUCUGUAGACUCAUGAACUGCCAAAAGCUGUCAUUGGAAGCAAGCACACAUGCAGCACAAAAUGAGAGAUUGCCACUCAGAGUAAUUGUGCAGGUCCUCUUCUUUGAACAGCUUAGACUCAGAACAUCAAUAUCUAGCUGGUUAUUUGAUGAGACUAAUAACUUUGAGAACUCACAACAACAAAACAGCCUUAAUGGAAAUAAUCUUGGCCAUCUAAGGAGUGCUAAUAAUGGUCAAGUAGACCCUUCACAGCAACAAGGUGGUGGAAACUUGAGGGAACGUGUCUCAGAGCUUGAAAAGGAAUGCACCUGUAUUAGGAAAGAGCUCCAUAAGCUAGCUAAGAGUAAGAGAGGUUGGAACAUUUUCCACAGAAUCUUCUUUAGAAAAAGGCCUAAUGCAUGGGUUUCAAAGUGGGUUUUAAUUUUUGACGCCAAAAGUGUUAUUGUAUUAGUAAGAUACACGGGUGAUGAGGGGAUGAUGGCUACUGCGUCCACUACUGAUUCAGGGGCUUCGAGCUUCGAAUAUGAUGUCGACGAUCAGAGCUCCGCCGGGAUGCUUCCGAUCAUCUUGUUGGUUUGCUGA